GAACGUCGUCGGACGCAUUCCCCACUCCCAGGCCUACCUACCCAAACUCUAUCAGUAACAGUUUCCCGUUAUCAGUUUCCGAGUUUCCAGUUUUCGCAGCCGUUUCGGUGUUUUGUGCGUUUCCUCAUUCAUCAUGGGAACCGUAGAAGAAACCUACGAGGGCGAAAUCACCCGCAGGAAAGUCACGAGGACAAGUCUUCGGAUUCAAGAGACAUCCUCCUCAACCAAGACAACGAAUAUGACGACGUCAGCAGCCAAGCUAUAUGGGAAAGACAUCGGUGAAUACGAUGACUUGGACGUCGAUCAGUUGCUGUCACAACUUUCCCCGGAGGAAAUCUCAAUACUGGCCAAAGAAGUUGAUCCUGAUGACAACUUGUUGCCGCCAUCACAAAGGUGCAGUUACGAGUGUGAGAAGGAACCUACAGGACCCUUAGACCGCAAGAAGCUAAUUGAACACAUCAACAAACAGGCAUUAGAAACACCAGACAUGCCUGAGCACAAACCCUUUGUUCCUGGCGUUAUCCGUGGCAAAAAGUGGGUUCCUCCUCCUGAAUCGUAUCAAGCCCAGAGAGAUGCAGAUGAACAGAUUGCCAUAGACAUGGGAGAUGAAUAUGAGAUGGCUCUCAGCAGUGCGUCGCAGGAGGAAAUCAUUGACCUGGCUGCUAUCCUCGGCUUCCACUCCAUGAUGAACCAGGACCAGUACCACGCUUCUCUGCUCAACAAAGGUCAACCCGUGGGUCUAGGAUGGGAUGGCAUCACCAAGGCUAGCCAACCCAAGGUGUUCCCUGCUGACCCACCCAACAGUACCGACCCGGAGCAGACCAUCAAACAGGUCAAAGAAGAUGACCACAAGCUCAUUGAUCUCAACUGGAAUAACAUCAAGAACAUCGCAGAUGAGAAGUUUGAGCAACUGUUUGCAGCGUUGCCUGACAACACACACUUGGAGACUCUCAGUCUCACCAACGUAGGCCUCACUGAUAGACUGGCUCUCAAACUGGCUGAUGCUCUGGAGAAAAACAACACACUCAGAGUCAUCAAUCUUGAAACCAACUUCGUUAGCCCCAAUGUGAUUGUUCGCUUGGUAAAGUCCUUGCUCAAACAACAAUCAAUUGAAGAGUUCAGAGCCUCAAACCAGAGAUCAACGGUGCUGGGUAAUAAGAUAGAGAUGGAGAUUACAAACCUGGUGGAGCAGAACCAGACUUUGUUGAGGCUAGGACUCCAUCUCGAGUACAAUGAUGCUAGGCAUCGCAUCGCUUCACAUCUACAACGCAACAUUGAUAGGAAGUAUCGGCUGAAAAUAGUGGUGCCUAAAAGAGGAAGCACCAGCACAGAGGCGAGUUUUAGCCUGACGAGACGUAAGGACGGCUCAGUACGCAUCAUGGGGCGCGAGUGACCGAUGACCAAGACGUCACAGGUCGUUUGCGUCGGCUUGGUCACUUUUCUCGCAACUCGUUCUGCGGGUAUUUCUCACGCUGAACUCGUCUUCAUCGCCCUUCGUAGUCGCCAUUUAGCUUUGCUACAAGUGUUUUUUUUUUACUGCCAGUCCUCCCAAUCUGAACAUCUCCUUGUUUGGCUUUUGUAGUUAGAGAUGAGGUCUCGCCUCGGGUGUAUUUAUUUAAUCUAAGGUUUUAUUCACUAACAAUCGGAACAAAUUCAAAUUUAAUUGUUAUUAAAUUUCGAGUCUACCUUAAUUUGUCUCUUUCAUUUGCUUUUAGUUUGGUUCGAUUAAACGACCAUUAUUGGUGUUUAAAUCCUUUUUUGGGUUAGUAUAUUGCUUGUCGUAACGUUACACAAGGGGGUGCUUUAGUAUGAGAUUGCCCGCUGCCGAGUCGAUGUGAACGCCUAUGUUGGUGAAAGCCAGUGUUCUCUGCUCUACGAACAUUCUAAUAAUCAAAACAUUUAUGCAUCGGAAUACCUAAUUCUAGGUGUUUCUGUCAGUUUAAAAUAUUUUGACAUUGUAUAUUCAUAUUGUAUAUUAUAAGAGUAUUUGUAAGUAUAUUUCAUUUCUGUGACAUUUAUUUAUAGUUGAGUCAUUUAGGUUAAAUUCAUUGUGAUGGUUUAAUACCCAUGUUACGAUGUAGAUUAUUUUUCGAUACGGAAGAAAGAUUUAUUGCUUGAAAAAUCACUGUUAAUUUGUAUAAAUGAGUUGUACCAGUUGUACGAGAUAAAAAUUGUAUUAUAGUUUAUUUUAUCAAAUAGUUUCUUCAUUUUUUAUCUAUUUAAUAUGCAAUCCAUAAUGCGAAUUUAUUGUACAUUGAGUUUCGAUGAUAUCUUUUUUACAGCGUAAACCUUUGCUAAGGCACGUCAGUAGAUGCACAUCUUUGUACUAGGGCAUAAAGUUCACUUAUUAUGUUAAAUAUAUAGUCAUGUCUUA